GUGCCUGCGUGUUCAUAAUGACCACAGGGGCACAUCGCUGGUGUCGGAAGCGCUGUGGCAGCAUCAUAAGCUCAGAGAGCUGCAGCAGUGGGUCUUGCUCAGCUGGGCGUUCUGAUGGGACCACGGGAGAGUAGCACUAGCACCAGCAGUAGUAUUAUUAUUAGUAUUAAUAUUAUUCGGCUUCAAUGCCCCCCCUCCCUGUCUCGGGCCGAGCGCGGGAUUGGGUUCUCUGCACAGGCGUUGCUUGUCCCCGCUCUCAAUCCAGAUGCUGCUGCUUCUGCAAGUCGGGAGAAGUUUUGUGGAAUGUAAUGUCAUGUGCAGGAUUGGUGUUAGUGGGAGCUAAUGCGUCUGCGUGCAACCGUGGGGAAGAGAGUGCGAGAGAGAAGAGGUUUGGGGGGAUCGUGUUUGUGUUUGUCUUUUUUGUGUUUUUCUUUCCACCCUGGAUGCCAUUUCUGGGGUGUAAAACGUGAAUCAGAAGUUAGAGUGGGUGGUGCUCACGCUGUUUGGCGAGGAUUGUGAAUGCCGGUUGAGGCGGUGAGCAGGAGCGUGUUUCGUUAGGCACGCUUCGGGGAUUGAGUGCGGGGCUGAGUUGGGGUUGAGUGAAGUGCAGUGUUCAUAAGUCUAGGUGCAGGUUGUACAGUUUUUUUUUUUUUUUUUUUUUUUUUUUUUUUUCCUUCCCCCCUUCUUCUUCCUCCUCCUCCUUCGCAGUACGAAUGUAUAGUUGGGAGUGAGGUUGGAGCUUGGGAGGGUAGUAAUUUUCUCGACGAGGGGAAGGAUACAUUCGACGAAAAGACGGUCCAGCGACCUCGCUGAUCGGGCAAUCAUUGAAGAGGAGACUGUUCGAUUCUCAUCGUCGGCGCCAGCCGGCUUUUUCUGUGCGUGGCAAUGCUUUUUGCCCAGUUCUAUGGUUCCAAGUGUCCUUUUAAGUUCCGUGUGCGUGGUAGACGACUUUGAUUGUGCGUUGCAAGGUUGAGUAGAUCACACACUCUGUGCCUCGCUCUAAGCUGUGGCGUAGUUCUGCAUACUGCCUUCGCAAUUGUAACGGGACUUAGUACAAGCUGAUGGACCAAGCGGGACUCUCUCUUUCUUUCUUGUGGUGGUCGACACCGUGAUUAAGCUCAAGCACAUGUGUACGGAGCUGUCGUGAAAGCACUAGAGCCUUCAUGAGCAGUGGUGGAGCCGUUACCAUUGUUCUAGCCAGUGUGCAACUCUGGCAGAAUGUUUGCGAGGGCCCGUCAAAGGCUAACGAAUGAUGUCUAUCUUUGAACAGUGUAGCUGAAGAUCGUCCGCUUAUUUGGUCUAUAAGGUGAGGUGGGGCGAAAGUUUGCUUGGAUAUGGAAGUUGCAGGCAGCAAAAUAUUUUAACAGACUUUCCUAGAACGGGAGUACUUGCCGAGGGUGGACGUCCUCUUCGGGAAUGCUAAUGCAGAGGAGAAUUUCGGCUUUUCUACAGCGCGUAAGCGGAACUAAGGCUUCACCACUUCCGGGUGAAGCGCACUGAGACCAAGAUGUAGUUGGAAGCUCUGAAGAUUGCCACACGGAAAUCGUACAUGAGAUUGCCAUAUGGUGCUUGGAGUCGAGAGGUUUAGGGCCAGGGACAGUGAUACAAGCUGGAGCAGGUACAGAGAAGGAGGCGGGGGGUCAGGAUGCACGGAAUCAACAAGAGGGGACUGGAGACUGCCUGGUCCUCCCAGGGCUUGCGAGUGAAGCGAGCCAUACUCGCAGGGCGCAGAGCUGGUCCUAGCACGCCGGUGCCCAGUUGGAAGGUGUUCCACAACCAGCUCUACGACGGCAUUGCAGCUGCGGCUGCAGCACAUGCUGCAGCGGGGAGGCCAACCCCAGUUUCGGCUCGCAAGCUGGCGGCCUCCCUGUGGGAGCUCCAAGACCAUCCUCUUCCCGCUUGUCUCUGUAGCCAGCAUUGGCUCAAAGGGAUCUCCGACAAUUCGAGUCCUCGUUCACAGGCAGAUUCUUACUUCUCGCCACGCAGUUGCAAGUUUGCAUAUCAGCAAUAUGUGAAGGCUGGGGCAGAGAACGGCAAGCGUGGCGGUAAUUUCGGAAAACAUUUGGCAGCUAUGCAUACUCACGUGCAUCACGGGGAGAAGAGUGAUGGACCUGAUCAUCAUGUGGCCUCUGCAUCCAUUCAGCUUGAAGGCCAGAGGCAUCAGGUAUCCUCAGCUUGCUCCAACCGGUCUAACCACAGGAAAUACGACGGAAAGGUUGGGGAGAAUUCGACGACCACAUCACGGGAGCUCCUGAAAGUCUUGAGCCGCAUUCGCAUUCUGGAAGAGCAGCACACUUCCAGCUUAACCUUGACAGCCACACUAAGGACAGAAUUAGAGCAAGCUCGUGCUCGGGUACAAGAUUUAGAACAGACACAGAAAGCAUCUCGGAGAGAGGUGGAAACCAUCAUGAAGAAAAUUGCCGAUGAAAAGGCAAGCUGGAAAGCCAAGGAGCAGGAGAAGAUGCAAGAGAGGAUAGCCAGCGGAUUACAAGCUGUGAAGGACGAGUUGGAGGAGGAGCGAAAGAUGAGGCGCAGACUGGAAAUGUCCAACCGGAAGAUGAACAAGGAAAUUGUGGAGGCGAACAUGGCUGCAGCGAAAGCGCUUCAAGAGCUUGAGAAUGAACGCAAAUCAAGGCAGCUAAUGGAAGACGUCUGUGAUGAGUUGGCUCGGGAAAUUGGGGACGACAAGCACGAAAGAGAAGAAUUGAAACGGGAGACCGAGAGAGUGCGGGACGAGCUUGAAGAGGAGCGGAGGAUGUUGCAACUGGCUGAGGUCUGGCGGGAAGAACGUGUACAGAUGAAGCUCACCGAAGCCAAAGUGGCACUUGAGGAGAAGAGCGCUGCCUUGGACGUUAUGCGCGCAGAGCUGGAAGCCUUUCUCAGGGCCCAAAUUGGCGAUGCCCGGAGCCCUGCCACUCAGGAAGCCCAGAUCUUGCGCAAUGUCGUCACUGCAAUGCAUCCGAGAGGACUUGUAGCGUCCUUUCCCCCCAUCGCACUCAACCAGGCAGCCUCGCCCGACAAUGAUCUCUACACCAUGGAUUUGAGCACGGAGGAUCAAAUGACUGGCGAUGAGGCACGGGAGGGUCGAUAUUGGGGCAACCCUUUAGAUUCUCAGGAUAUUGGGAGCCGGUGGGAGGACAGCGAAGGUGACAUGGUGGAGGUAAACUGUGAAGCCGGAAGCUCGUCAUACGCACGAGAUUCCGCUCAUGUGGCCAGACGAGACUCACAGGAAUGGCAUGCCGCGGAUACAAACCAUGGGGAGUCGGACUAUGUUAGCGAGUCUCAUGACUCCGACGAAGACGAGGAUCCACGCCAGGGUGACUGUGCAGAGUCUCACUGGAACAGCCACCAUGAGGAUGACCAUUACCGUAGUAACGGUGGCAUUGUCCAUGCACAAGAUCCUGAAGACAGCGUUGACGAAUACGCACACAUCGAUGAGGACAUAGUGGCAUUGAGCAGGCCGAAUGGUCACCACGUAGAGAAAGGAAUGUGGAGAGAGGAAGCUUACGUCGAUGCCCAACCCAACGGCUCGGCGUUGCGACGGGACGAGGACGAUCUCAACCAACAACACCACUCGUCCAGGCAUCUCUCCAACGGGCACGCGAGCCAUCUCAUGGGUGCGUCGUCUCCCCAGCAUAGGGCACGCCAACACUCGCAAUCGCCGGACAAAGCCAACAACACGCAUAUCAUCCGAGGCAUGAAAGGGCACAUGGAGUGGCCUCGAAACAACAUCGACGUGGUGAUGCGAUCCAAGCUGCUGGAAUCCAACCUCGAGAGGCAGCAGCUCCGCCACAGAUAAUAGCCAUUGUGGGUGGGUAAUGUUGUUCCCUAUCUUCCUCGUGUAAAAUGAUUUCACAUACCUUAUCAACGCCGAUGGGUCGAUUCAGAAAAGCUCGCACCAGAGGCCGCUAAGUCUAAAGUGGUUGCACGAAGUGCAAUGCGCAUGGCCAUAUCAUGCCAGGGGUUUUGAGAGAUGCUCCGCGAAGAGCAAACCCUAAAGAUUCGCCAAACCCCUCCUCACCACUGUUUUUGAGUUAUGUCAUCGGCGCAUAGUAACUUGCUGUAAAAGCUCGCCGUCCUGGUGGCAAAGGGUUUGCAAGGUAGGCUACUCCAUUGAGAUUGUUUAGAGAGGGUCGCGGUACGCAAAGUUGUACACGAGCAGUGCAAAACAAAGACGAACAUUAUUUCCCGUUGCAAAAAAAUUCCCUGUUUUUUCACCUUCACUAUUUUUUUGUUUUUUGAACUUUUAGUUCUUUUUUUAGUUUUGAAGAGCUGGGUCUGGGUGUAUAGUGAUCUGAAAUGGCUAAGAUGACUAAGCAAACUGGUGUUUUUCCUAAAGAUCACCCAAUCGGAGUCCCAUGAGAGCCUCUGAAACCAAACAUCAAACAGGGUUGUAUCGGCUAUAGGUUAUAGCCUUUUCCUCAUGCACUUUAUCUUCACUUCUAGAUGGAUUAAAAGUUGCGAA